UAUCCUGUCCGGAAACACAAGAGGCGUCUCGUUAUCCACUGCCGCUGCUGUUGCUUCUCUCUGCGGUUUGCGAUUUGGCUCGGCGAGGAAGAAGAUGGCUGGAAUGGCGGCGCUGCAGGGCGCCAUGGGCGCGCUCUCUAUCUCGGCUCCCGGCGCGGCGGCGAGCACCAGCACCUUCUGGGGAAACCCGCUCGCCGCCACCUUCUCCGCCGCGCCGUCUGGGAUCAGAUUUAUGGUCAAGACAUGCCCAAUUGAAAUGAGGCUUAAGCGAUGGGAACGGAAGAAGUGUAAGCCAAACAGUCUUCCUAUGCUGCACACGAUGCAUGUUAGGGUCGGGGACACAGUGCAAGUCAUCGCAGGCCGUGAGAAAGGUAAAGUUGGGGAAGUCGUACGGCUUUACAAGCAUAACAGCACUGUGAUAGUGAAGGACCUGAACUUGAAGUCUAAGCACAAGAAAGGCACAGAUGAUGAACCCGGUGAAAUUGUCAUGAUUGAAGGCCCAAUUCAUAGCUCAAACAUGAUGCUCUACUCAAAGGAAAAGAAUGUGACGAGUAGGGUCGGGCACAAACUCCUCGAGGAUGGCACCAAGGUUCGCUACCUGAAGAAGACUGGCGAAGUGAUCGACAGCGUGGACAACUGGGUGAAGGUGUUCAAGGAAGGGGAUUCAGAGUAAUAGUAUGGAAACCCUGCACAGGCUCUGAACUGCGGUUUCGCUCCAAGUGAUGUGAUGUUUAUUCUGCUUACAUUUUCUAGCUUCAGAGUCUUUCCCUGUAAAUUACUACUACACGGUUGUCACCAUUUUUGCAACACAUGUUAUGGUUGGCUCUUACUAGCCUUCCAAACCUCGUCAGCACGAUGACAUGAAUCAUGUCAGUCUGUCCGAUGUCCUCCGCCCCGUGAGUACAAAACCGGGCAUUGUGCUGAGACUUUGAUAUGUAUAUCGCUGAAAUUGCACGACAAAGCCAUUCACA